ACACAACUCAAAAGCGUAAAGGUAACGCGAUUUAAGAUUUUCCUGAUUCCAAUUUAAAACUUUCCCAUAUUUUGCAUGCACUGGCUAACAUUUGGUGAAAAUUUGAUGAAAAUCGGACUGAUUUUGACCGCGCAGUAGCGAUUUUCCGCAAAACGCCAAAAGUGUGUCCUGUAACCUUAAAAACAAUAGAUAAUCAGCUGAAAUGCCUCAUUAUCUAUUGUUUCUAAUGCGUUUGGCAUAUAAGAAGCACUACGUUUGAAACAGGUCUUAGUUUCGAAACUUCAAAGCUUUCAGUUGGAAACCGGAAGAAUUCAACGUAGCUACGUGACAAACAACAUCAAACAAGGAAAUCGAACCAGGAUAUUGUAUCAUCCUCAUUCCUCACCACUCGAUUUUGGUCAAUUUAAAGGAACACAAAAGUUUGGCUGGUACCAUUUUGUAUAAGUAGUUUUACAGGAAUACUAUAGUUUAAUAUAAUUAACAGGUAUGUAACCAAUACUUGGUGUAUAAUAUUGGUAUUAUUCGUGUAUGCAUGAAACCAUGCAUGGUUGAUACAGAAGCAAUCGGGUAUAAGAUCAGACAUCCAUCUUCCUUCUCAGUGUCUUUGUCUUUAGUUCGUUGCACUAAAUGCCUGCUAUCUGUCAAUAAAGUAAAUUUACAACGUUUCGACACUACACAGUCAAAUGUCUAACUUCUUAAACGUCUCAAAGCAUAUACCGUGGAUGGUGAAUGGAAUGUGUAAAUUACUACCCUUAUUUUUUAAAAGGCCGCUACUAAAAUUAUUAUUUUGUCUUAUCAUGUAGGUUCAAACAUUCAUGGUAAAGAUGAGUUGGUUUGUCUUCAUAUAUGGCCUUUUAUUUUCACUUAAUUUUAUCUCAUACGAAUGUGAGGGUAAGUAAUUAUAUAUCUAUAGCAUCUAUGCAAGGGUAUACUCGUCAUGGUAGUAUAAAUCGUGUCAUGCCUCAGUUGUUUAUCAUUUUGAAACCUAUAUACUGUCAUACUUUAGAGUUAUUAGAUCUGGCUUGAUCAACAUCCGUAUUGUAACAAUAUAUUCAAAGCCAAGACUGGCGGCCGGAGGGAAAGAUGAGAAAACAAUAUAUUAAUUUAAGAAAACUAAUAUAUCCGUCGAAUAUAGUUUUGCAUUUUCUUUCUGGUAUUAUCAUUGCUUUUGCAUGGAUGGUUAGGUCUUUGUCUAAAGAAGCGAAUUUUGUUUCUGUUCCGCUAAAAUAUUGUUGACGUCAGAGUUUGAUGGUCUGAUCCAACUCAAAGUGAAAUCAUUGUUAACUAAGACGGACUGCCUAUCAACAAAUACAAGUGCACUGCUUUUAAUUAUCUAUAACUCUUAAAAAUUUUGAAACGGAAAUAUCUCAUUAUUACGUACAUAGGAAGGAUCAUUUUACCACCUGAUGGAACAAACCGGCUUACUAUUUUACCUGGAGAAAGUGAUAGUAUAAUAUGGAAUUUUGAUGAUGAUAUAUCUGCAGUAGCUUCCCGGAGUUGGUCUUUCACCAGUAGUGAUGGUUUACGAAAAGGGAUUCUUGGAGCAAUAUCGUGGAAUUCCCAGCCGGUGAUGCAAAAGAAGAUCUUACCCAGAAUUAGCAUAACCAAUCCAGCAACAUUGGCUUUAAACAACGUUAAUCAAAGUUAUGAUGGAACAUAUACGUUUUCCCUUGCAUCAACUGAUACUGAUAAAUCUGAUGUUCGAGUUUUCAUUGCAAGUAAGUUUCUUUAUUAAAUGUUUAUUUUGCAAUAAUGAUUUGAUUCCAUGCAUGCAUGAACAUGGGCAUAUGGUAUUGAAAGAACAUUUACAACCAAUCAAUUUCUAUUAAUUGGAAGUCUUAUAUGCAGCUGAUUAAAUGUUUAUGACAUAGUCAAAGAGCAAGGGCAUCAAUUCUGCCAGUGGAGGGAGAGGGGACGAGGGGAACGUGUCCCCCUCGCAUUUUCGACUUUCGUAUCGUAAUAUAAUGUAUAAUAAAUUACGUCCGCUUUGUUUCCCCACUUUUUGGAAUGGAUUUUUGAAUCUACGAAGUAGAGUAUAUGCUAUCGAUGUGUUAACUGUUAGCUGUUCGAUUGAUCUUUUUCUGUUAACCAAUCAACGACUAGUAUAUGCAAUACGUCUUCAGAUCCCGUGUUCACAGGCUAAACUUUACGGGCCCGCGUACAGUUUGGCCUCGUGUUCCGCCAUUUUUAAACUUGGCAAAUUUUAAUUUCUGAUAUUAUUGUGAUUUUUUUGGAAAGUUUUCGUAUUUCGUCACUUUCAUAUCAAGAUAAAACCUAAUUUGGUAAGUAUGCUAAACAUGUAUACUGACCGGUUUACUAGUAAGCUAGAAUUAUAGCUCAUUUUGUGGGUUGCAUAAAGCAAUAUUUGCAGGCGCGUAGCUAGGGGGGGGGGAAUGGGGGUCUUGACCCCCCAUUUUUUGUAAUGAUCAAUAUUGUAAUUCUUCCAAAAGUGACAAGAAACUAGGGGGGGGGUUAAACUUUCUUUAUAUAUUAAUUUAACGUGUUAUAUUAUUAGUUUAUUACGCACAUGCUUUGUUAAUCUCGUAAGUAUUUCAUCUAUGGCAUAAAAUAGACCAAAUCUGUGGCAUAUAGAUCACCAAGAGGCCAUGCCAAAUAUGCGCGUGGGGGCGUUUCGCUAACCUUAAAAUUGAAAAAUUUCCGGGGACUAUGUCCCCGGCUUUUAGAACAGUACUUUUAUGUAUUUGGCACUUUAGACCCCCCCCCCCCAUUUGUAUGGGGUUGGCUACGCCGCUGAAUGUUUGGUAGUGUGUUUGCCAGUGUUGGUCUUGAGAGGGCAAAUAAACCAGAAAGUAAAUCUUUUCGGAGGAGAAAUAACAAGCCCAUAACUAAAAAUAAUUCGAGCAAAACGGUCUUUCGUUAAAAGGAAGGCUGGUUAAUAGAAAUUGGUCUUUUUGAGUGACAUAAUCAUUUGUCAUCAUCGAUCCGUGCAGCUGUUUAACAAUUAUAAAAACAUUUGUUGUGCAUGAAAUUAGUGAAGAUAUAAAGUAGCAGUUUGUGAGAAAACUGCGGGUCUAGGGAGCGGGAACUCAGCCAUGUUCGAAAGUAUUAAUAGUUUCCGUGAAAAUAUUUCAGUUCCAAGACAGGGGGGAUGAAAAUCGUUUUCUAGGCACUUUUCGAGGUCACAGAAAACGGCAUAUGGCUAUGAGUAAUUCUACACAUUCAUUGGAAAGUUUGGAAAAUUUAUACUGGAUAAUGCUCAGAAUGCAGUUCUGGACUCUGAAGCUCCAUGUGAAAAAAUCACUAAAGAAGUAAAGUAAAGGUUCCUUUUCGUAUGUAUAUAAACAUUACAACCCUAAGCGUCACAUGCGUCACUUGAAAGUUUGCCCAAUUUGUAUGAAAAACUGGAAGUUAACAUUUUUAUGACAAGUAAUACAAAUAUUAUAAGUGCAUGAUUGCUGUCAAAUGAAAUUUCUAGUGAAAAUUCGUAGUGAACCUUACAGUCAGAAACACAAAAAGUGUCCCACUUCCGCUUUUAUAGUCUGUUGUGAAUUACAGUAAUUUGUUCUGUUUUUCUGUAGCGGUUACCGAUUUAUCGGCAAAUAUACAGCGAUAAAAUUUAGAUUUCUUUCCUUUAUAUGAUAAUUUGUAGGAAAAGAUGCAUUUUUCGUUAGAUUCAUUGCAUAAAAGGUGCGAAAUUUAAAUUAUUGCCUUUAUCACAUUUCAGAUGCACCAAAUGUGACAUUCAGUUGUUCCAGUGCCGUCACAGUAAAUGAAGGUGAUAACUUUACAUGUGUGUGUAGAGGUGAAGGUGGAAACCCUCCAGCCGAUGUAACUUGGUAUAAAGAUGGCACCCAGAUUGGUGGAACAGGAAAAGAAAAAAAAACAUUAACUCUAAGUGACGUCAGUAGAACAAAUCGUGGUACAUACGAGUGUGAAGCCCGAAGUCACACCGAUGACAGGUUUGCAGAUAAAAAAUCAAUCGAAGUAGAAGUUAAUUGUAAGUAAUUUAUAGUUGAUUUAUAUAGUUGAUUUAAAUCAGACCCAUGCAAUUACACAGUAUUUUUGAUCCUACUUAAAGAAAGUGAAAAGUGAUCUACUGCCUGUAACCCUACUAGCUUAAUGCACCAAUCAAUGUUAUGCCCGACCCUAGGGAGGGCGGGGAUACACGGGGAAUUGACCUUAUUUCCCUGCUUCUGGGUUGGGGAUUUUAUUUUAUUUGACAUCAAGGAAGCUCCCAGGGUCGGGCGUUUUGACAUACUUGUUACCAGUCUCCUAUCAUUUUUGCAAGCGAGACCGACAUAAUGGCGUGUUUCAGGAAAAUCGCAAUGUGAAUUUAUGAAUAAUAUCACUUUAUUUGCUGCUUUUUAAAAUAAAAACUUGUUAACUUUUGUCUUUUUAGUACAUAAUUUAAUAGACUAGGAAAUAAAUAAUAAGAAAGGAGAAAAUAAUGAUUACAAUUGAAUCCUAGAGCGACAGGAACGGCUCUUAGCCAUUUUAUAGCGUUCAGAAUUUACAAAUGCUAUAUUAUAUAAAUAUAAAUAAAUUGUUUGAGCAGAUUAUAACAUCUUUGUAGUUUUCUUCUAACUCAGGGGUCCCCCCACCUGACUACGAUUGACCACAAAGUGCUGCUUCACAGCAGGGCCCAUUGACACAAAAAUAUUGAAAAUGACAAAUGCCCCUGGGUUUGCCCUCCCUCCCUAGGGUCGGGCAUAACAUUGAUUGGUGCAUAAAUAAAUAUAUGUCCAUGCAGUGUACUAUAGCUAACGAUUCAAAUGAAAGAUUGUGGAGCUGAAUUCGUUCUUGUGGCCUUGUAAAUCCAAUCACAGUAAAUAACAUAUAUAUGUAAAGGAUGAGGUCGGAAUGCAGUGACAUGCAUGUAACAUGGUAUGGAACAGAUAGUAGAGCAUACAAAUAGUGUAUCUCAAAGCCACGUAAAUGUUUUCGGCAGCUUAACUUGAUCUUGCGGGUUGUAAAAAAAUGGCUAAAAAUUUUAAUCAGCAUCCUUUUUUGUUGUGACUAGAAAAACAUCGAUUGAAUGAAUAAAACUACAUGCAUUAGCUUUAUAAUUUAUGUGUUUUCGAUUGAUAUACACAUUACGAGUUGCUAUUCGCAGGCUAAACCCCAAAGAGAUUCCUGCGGGAGGAGGCUAUACGAGUCUGUCAUUUUGUCGGACAGAUUUCUGGUUCUUCGAAACAUUCAUGGCAAAUUGAUAGUUUGUUGAUGAUGUGGUCCGGUGACUUUUAGCCAAUAUUUUUUAUAUAUAUACUGUAUAGUUAAUAUGAAUUACUGAGAACGGUCCAAUGAAUGGCAUCUUAUUCAUUCUAUUUGAAGGUUCCUUAAGUUAUUAAAGUAGCCAAUCAGUAUAUAGUGGUUUUGAUAGGUAAAUUUGAUGACAUUGCCAUAACAGUAAGUCAGUAACCUAGGAUUACAUCAUUACAUGCACUAACGUUAAAAUUCAAAUUUUUUCAUAGAUCCACCUGAACGUACGCGUUUGAAUUAUGAUCCUAAAUCACUUACCAUAACAUGUGACGGUGGUAAAGCUCGUCCUCCAGCAAGAUUUGAAAUAUUUUUCAACGAAACUAAGUUGGUCAUGAACGAAACUAAGUUGGCCAUGAACGAAACUAAGUUGGCCAUGAACGAAACUAAGUUGGCCAUGAACGAAACUAAGUUAUUGGCCAUGAACGAAACUAAGUUGGCCAUGAGAGGCAAGACGUAUACCAUACCUGAGAGGAAUAGCAUUUAUUCUGGAAAUUAUAGAUGCGAUGCAAUAAAUAAACUGGGGAGAAGAUCUUCAUCAUCCGAAUAUAUAUUACCUGGAGGUAAGAUUUAACAUACAAAUUUUUGUACAAAUAAGACUGGGUAUACACUAUAAAGAUAAACAGGUUGAUUUGUUUUAUAGUUUAUAUUAUUUUUAUUUUGAUAAACAUAGUACCACCAACGACACGUCCACCGACAACGUCAACGACGCAAGGUAAUCAAACAGGUAACACAAUACUACAAAGAUAAUCUAUUUCAAAGAUCAUUUGGAAAUUUGUUGAUUGCAAUAAUUUUUUAUUUUAUUAUGGUUUAUACAGUUACAAUACUUGUUUUAUUUUGCUAGUAUAAUGCACUCAGUUCCGGAAUUGUAAUUUUCUUGAGUUUUAUCCUCAAAAUCGUCAGUUCUUUACAGUAACAAUACUUUAUUAUUGAAAAACACACUAAAUUUAAGAAAAUUUAUCAGUAGUGUCUAGAAUUGUCAUUGGAAUUGUAGUUCUUUCCUACAUUGUCUGGUGUUCGCAUCAUAAAUUUAGAAGUAGAAAACCUGAACGAAAAGCUGAACAAAAGACAACUGAAGCUGAUACAACUUAUCAAGGGCUUAAUCUUUCAAAAAUAAACAAAUUAAGAAGAUAAUUAUUAAUCGUUGAGAAUGAAUGCGGCAAGUAAUAAAGCUGCAAAUGGCGAGGAGUCAACAUAUACUUAUUUGAACAAAACCAGAAAUGAGAACAAUUACCAGGCAAUAAUUAAGUUAAUCCUCAAAAAAAAUUUUAGGUUAAGGAAGCCUCUUCUUCAAACAUCUCUAUAUUCUGUAGGGUUUACAUGUGUCAGAUAUUUUAAAACCAUAGUGACCACAAAGAACUUCUAUAGAAAUGUCUGCAUGGAGAGACCAGGUUGAAGGCCAAGGAGGAGCUUUUUAUUCAACUGUGAAGAUUGAGAGGUCCUUGGGCCCGAGAUCUAUAUAGUUUAAUUAAAAUUCUUUUAUGAAACAAAAAUACGACUUAUUUCGUCUUUAUUCUUCAAGGCAGUGGCGUAGGAACCGUGGUCAUGGGGGUUUUCUAAUCAGUGGCGGAAAUUCACUUUUUCCUUGGGGGGGGGGGGCAAAGCAUCCUAAAUUUCCGACAAAAACCUUCAAAUGUCCGACAAACCCCCCCAUCUGCACUCAAAAAGACUGUUUUUAGCCCUGUUUUAGGGAAAAAUUUCCGAAAAUUCUCAAUUUUCCGUAAAGGUUGGGGGGGCGGGGACGGUCGCCCCCCCCCCAAGAUUUCCGCCACUGGUUUUCUUUAUGCAUUGUGCCCUUACUCCAAGCCUUAACAUUGGGAAAGUGGCGCCUUUUCUAGCAAACGUUGCUUCCUAUAUAUGCCCAUUGUUCAAGGUGCAUGCAGCAUUUCCUAGUGUGUCCUGAAAGAUAUAUUGGCUCACUGCUAGAUAUGUAGUUUGAAAUAAGUUGAAGCAUAUAUUUGUCAAGUAUUUUAAUAAAUAUACGAAUAAAUCCUGGUACUCGGUUUUAUUUUGCGGCAAUGCCUCACGUGUACAUUCCGGCAACUAUCCUGACGAUCGGCAGCAUCAUUUUACAAUUUGAAGUUUUGAAACCGGACUAAGAAUUCUUUCUGACCAGGGGCGGCACUAGAGGGAGGGAGGAAGACCCCCAGUUGUCAGAUAAUCGACAAAUUAUUGUAUCGUAGUAGGCAAAUUGUUUUCCCAGUGUGCAAAACAUGAAAUGGAUAGGAAGGGAAAAACUAAAAUAUUGGAGUGAAACUGAUUAAAAACUAGCAAUGAUAGCUGAAAUUAAUCGUAAGAAAAAACUAAAUGAGUAACGGUACGUCAAACCAAGAGAUAAUGAAAAAAUAAUGUCCGAAAAUCCCCCUCCCUCUCCCAGCCAUGUAUGGUGUCCCAUCCACGCCAAAAAUCAACUUUUUUUUUCAACACAACUUUUUAUUUUCAACAUAACUUUUUAUUUUCAACACAACUUUUUCAUAUUUGCAACACAGCUUUUUGUUUUCAACACAACUUUUUCGAUUUCGUACUGUACUGAUUGAUAAAACCUAACUGCAUGUGACAAAACGUAAGGGUCUACUUGCCUUUUUUCGAACAAAGCUGUUUUGUUUCUUUACAGUUAAACCAAAAGACACAUCCAUUGCAGAGAAUGAAUGUGGAAAUUAUUUCGCUUCUGGUUUCUUAAAUGUGAAGGGUAAGAUAAGAUUUUAAAACACAUUUUCGUUUCCCAUUCUAUCACCGGACAAAACGCACGUGGGAGGACUAACACGGCAAGAUAAAACAAAACGCAUGCAUGUAAACAGGGGGCGAGCAAUAAUAUACACAGAUAAAUUUUGGCUUGAAUUGGGGCAUAAUUCUAUUACUAUGAUAUAGCUCCGGAUACAGCCUAUCGGUAUCAAGAAUGAAGAUAUAAUCUGCUGUGCAGAUGUAAUUAUUUAUAUAGCAUAAUAUCAGCUGUUUAGGUAUGUAUAUUUUACCUGGGGAAUUCUAUAUUACUACAGCUACAGUCCCUUGUUUGUACAACUCGAGUUAAUGAAUGCAUACACAUUUAUUAUUUCUAAUGAACAAUGAUUUUAGUUACAAUAAUUGAUGUAUAGGAUUAUGUAGAAUUAACACGUUAUUGGGUUAUGUUUGCAAGUUUAUACUUAAUCUUUUGAUUACCAAUCAAACAAUGAAUCAAAUCUACAAUACAACUACAAUAACACGUAAUAACACAGCAGAUGUACAAUUUGACACAAUCACCAAGCAAUAACCUAUGACGGCAUGAUCCCAAAGAACGGUAAUGGAUCAUAUCUUAACUUAUUUUACACGUGAAGAAAAAUUACAGCCGCCCUGAAAAAUACGAAAAAAUCAUUUAGAGAUUUUUUUACAAAUGUUGUCAAUUAUUCACCAUGCAUCAACAAAGUAGUCCCAGUUCAAGUUACUCAUUUCCUCCAGUGAGGACUGUAAUUGCGAGAAUUUAUUGGUCUAUUUUAACAAAUUUAAUAUCACAUUAUUACCAUGUGCAACAAUGUCAUUAGCAUCUUGUCAAUUCCUUUGGAACCCAUGCAGUUGAAAAUUCUUAGCUUAUUUCUAACUCAUCAAUUCUCCAAAUGUACCUUCAGGAGAGGCUACAGGUUCCAAAGUGGAUUUUGAGAGUUGUGGAACUGUCGUGACGUUGGUGUCAGGAUUUAUUCUUGGGAUUCUCUUUUCCUACAUUGUCCGAUGUUCUUAUCGUCGUUGGUUUAGAAACGGAACAACUGAACGAAACCUUGAACCAAAGAUAACUGAGACUGAUACAACUUAUCAAGAGCUAGAUCUUUCAAAAAUGAACAAAGAAGAUAAUUAUCAGUCGUUGAGAGUGAAUGCUGCAAGUUAUAACGCUGGAAAUCAAGCUGGAAAUGACGAUAACUCUACUUAUACUGAGUUGACAGACAAAACCAGAGAUGUGGAGGAUGUGUAUCAAUCUUUAACUUGAACUUGGAAUAUUAUAAAACUGUUAAGGGCUUUCUAACCGUAGUCAAUAGAAUAAAAGAAACAAAAAUUCGAAGAAACACAAUAGCUAAACCUCAUUAGGAAUAUAAUGGACUAUUGGAACAGUGUGUGUGUGUGUGGAGGGGGG